CCCCUCUUUCAUUUUCCAUUCCGUUACAACAACAACAACACCCCCUAUUGUCGAGGAAGCGCGCCGUUCUAUCGAUCCGACGACCGGGCGUCGCGACGACGCCGACGUCGGCUGAUAUCCGCCUCGACUCGGCCAUCAUCAUCAUCAUCAACAAGUACCGCAGUUACACUCUUCGUGUGCUACAUCCACCACCGCACAACCAACAUCGACCUGCGACGAAACUCUUCCACUUCCUCCUAAUACACCACCAACAAACAACCACCGUUAUAUAAUAACAAUGUGUUACGACGCGAACCACCUUGAAAAAUUCUGAGGCCAUAAGGGCCAAAUACUAGCAAAAUGACAACGGACAUAAGUCUCUCCCGCUGGGAUCCGACUCUCCAGCAGGAGAUCGUCGAAGAGUACGAAUAUGACGGAGGAAACUCCUCGUCCAGACUGUUCGAGAGGUCGCGUAUCAAGGCUUUGGCCGAUGAGCGCGAGAGCGUCCAGAAGAAGACCUUCCAGAAAUGGGUCAACUCGCACCUGGUGCGGGUCAACUCACGCAUCUCGGACCUCUACAUCGAUCUGCGCGACGGCAAACAGCUCAUCAAACUCCUCGAAGUCCUCUCCGGUGAGAGACUUCCUAGGCCGACGAAAGGAAAAAUGAGGAUUCAUUGUUUGGAAAACGUAGACAAAGCGUUGCAGUUCUUGAGGGAUCAACGCGUGCAUCUGGAGAACAUGGGAUCGCACGACAUCGUCGACGGAAACUCCCGUCUAUCCCUUGGUCUCAUCUGGACCAUCAUCUUGCGUUUCCAAAUCCAAGACAUCACCAUUGAAGAAUCACCAAACCAAGAGACUAAAUCCGCCAAGGACGCUCUUUUACUUUGGUGCCAGAUGAAAACGGCUGGUUAUCAUAAUGUGAACGUGAGGAACUUUACGACUUCGUGGAGGGACGGUCUGGCCUUCAACGCCAUCAUCCACAAACACCGAGCCGACUUGAUACAAUUCGACAAAUUGACGAAAUCGAACGCCAUGUUCAACCUGAACAACGCUUUUAACGUGGCCGAGGAUAAGCUCGGUCUGACGAAGCUGCUUGAUGCGGAGGACGUGUUCGUCGAGCAGCCGGACGAAAAGUCGAUCAUCACAUACGUGGUCACGUACUACCACUACUUCAGCAAGAUGAAGCAGGAGACUGUGCAGGGCAAGAGGAUCGGCAAGGUGGUGGGCAUCGCCAUGGACAACGAUAGGAUGAUCAGGGAGUACGAGUCGCUGACGAGCGACCUCCUCGCCUGGAUCGAAAGCACCAUCGCCACCCUGGGUAACAGGACGUUCGCGAACAGUUUGAUCGGAGUGCAGCAGGAGCUGACCCAGUUCAGCACGUACAGAACUGUGGAGAAGCCGCCCAAGUUCGACGAAAAGGGCAACCUGGAGAUCCUGCUCUUCACGCUUCAGUCGAAGAUGCGCGCCAACAAUCAGCGCGUGUACACGCCCAAGGAGGGCAAGAUGAUCGCCGACAUCAACAAGGCAUGGGACAGGCUGGAGAAGGCCGAGCACGAGCGGGAAUUGGCUUUGCGCGAGGAAUUGAUCAGGCAGGAGAAACUCGAACAGCUGGCGGCCAGAUUCAACAGGAAGGCCUCCAUGCGCGAGACCUGGCUCAGCGAAAACCAAAGGUUGGUCUCUCAGGACAAUUUCGGUCACGAUUUGGCUGCCGUCGAGGCCGCUGCCAAGAAGCACGAGGCCAUCGAAACGGACAUCUUCGCUUACGAGGAGCGCGUCCAGGCAGUGGUUGCAGUCGCCUCGGAACUGUCCGCGGAGAACUACCACGACAUGGAGCGCAUCGGUCAGAGGAAGGACAACGUGCUCAGGUUGUGGAACUAUCUAUUGGAAUUGCUGAGGGCCAGGAGGAUGCGCUUGGAGUUGAGCCUCCAGUUGCAGCAAACCUUCCAGGAGAUGCUGCACAUCCUCGACUCCAUGGACGAAUUGAAGGCUCGUCUGCUCACCGACGACUACGGAAAGCAUUUGAUGGGAGUGGAAGACUUACUGCAAAAGCACAAUCUGCUCGAAGCGGACAUCAACAUCUUGGGCGAGCGCGUCAAGGGCGUAGCCAGUCAAUCUCAGCGCUUCCUCGACCUAGAGACCAACGAAGGUUACAAACCGUGCGAACCUAGCCUUGUGAUCGAUCGUGUCCAACAGCUGGAAGAUGCCUACGGUGGACUCGUGCGUCUCGCUUUGGAGAGAAGAGCUCGUUUGGAAGAGUCCAAGACCUUGUGGCAGUUCUACUGGGAUAUGGCUGAUGAGGACAACUGGAUCAAGGAGAAGAGGGAAAUCGUUUCGACCGCUGACAUUGGUCACGAUCUCACUACUGUUCAUCUCCUACUCGUCAAGCACAAGGCGCUGGAGAACGAGAUCUUAGCGCACGAGCCCCAAUACAAGGCAGUUCUUACUGUUGGAGAGGAAUUGAUAGAACGCAAUCACUUCGGAAGGGACCGCGUUCAACAACAAUUGACCGAUACCAAGCAUUCCUGGAAUCAGCUUCAAGACGCUACAGCGAACCGCAGGAAAUGCCUCGAGGAGGCGGUAGACUUCCACCAAUUGUUCGCCGAUGCCGACGACAUCGACAUCUGGAUGUUGGAUACACUUCGUUUGGUGUCCAGCGAGGACGUGGGUAGAGAUGAGGCCAACGCUCAGUCCCUGCUCAAGAAACACAAGGACGUUACCGAGGAGCUCAAGAAUUACUCGUCGGUCAUCAACGCGCUCCAUCAACAAGCGCAGCAAUUGGGAUCAGAGUUAUCGAACUCACCCGAAGUACAACAGAGAUUGGAGUCGAUCGAUAACCGUUACAAGGAACUGAUCGAAUUGGCGAAAUUGCGUAAACAACGUCUGUUGGAUGCUCUUUCCCUCUACAAGCUCCUCUCGGAGAGCGACGGAGUCGAGCAAUGGAUCAGCGAGAAGGACAGGAUGCUCCAGACGAUGGUCCCAGCCAGGGACAUCGAAGACGUGGAGAUCAUGAAGCAUCGUUACGAUGGUUUCGAGAAGGAGAUGAAUGCGAACGCCUCGAGGGUGGCCGUCGUCAACCAGUUGGCUCGCCAGCUGUUGCACGUCGAGCAUCCGGACAGCGAACAGAUCACUCAACGCCAGAACCAACUCAAUCAGAAGUGGGCAGAACUCUGUGAAAAGGCCGAGAACAAGAAGGAGGAACUGAACCAGGCCCAUGGCUUGCAGACAUUCCACAUCGAGUGUCGCGAGACGGUCACGUGGAUCGAAGACAAGAAGAGAAUUCUUCAGAGCACCGACAGCCUCGAAAUGGAUCUUACUGGUAUCAUGACAUUGCAGAGGAGACUGUCUGGAAUGGAACGCGACUUGGCCGCCAUCCAGGCCAAACUAACUUCUUUACAGAAGGAAGCCGACGACAUGGAGAAGGAUCAUCCAGAGGAGGCAGCCGUCAUUCGCGAAAGGAUCGUACAAAUUCAAGUGAUCUGGGAACAAUUGACGCAAAUGCUGAAAGAACGCGACGCCAAACUGGAAGAAGCCGGUGACCUUCACAGGUUCUUGCGCGAUUUGGAUCACUUCCAGGCAUGGUUGUCCCGCACCCAAACCGACGUGGCCUCCGAAGACACUCCGGCCUCGCUUGCUGAAGCCGAGAAACUGUUGUCGCAACACCAGAGCAUCCGCGAGGAGAUCGACAACUACACCGAUGAUUACACAAAGAUGAUGGAGUAUGGCGAAAGGAUCACCGCUGAACCGGGAACCCAGGAUGAUCCUCAGUACAUGUUCUUGAGGGAGCGUUUGAAGGCACUCAAGGACGGAUGGGAAGAACUCACACAGAUGUGGGAGAACAGGCAACAACUGCUCUCGCAAUCGCUGAGCCUUCAACUGUUGAAUCGCGAUGCCAAGCAGGCUGAGGUCAUCCUCACCCAACAGGAACACGCUCUCAACAAGGACGAAGUACCGGCCAAUCUGGAACAGGCCGAGAACUUGCUGAAACGUCACGAAGCCUUCCUGACGACGAUGGAAGCCAACGACGACAAGAUCAACGGCGUCGUCCAAUUCUCCAGAAGGUUGUGCGAGGAGAACCACUUUGCCGCUGACAGGAUAGGCAAGAGGGCGGAUGGUAUCGACGAGCGCCGUCAGAAUAACAAGGAACGCGCCAUGGCCUUAAUGGAGAAGCUCAAGGAUCAACUGGACUUGCAGCAAUACUUGCGCGACUGCGAGGAACUCAACGAAUGGAUCCAGGAGAAGCACAUCACCGCUCAAGAUGAGACAUACAGAUCCGCAAAGACCGUCCACUCGAAAUGGACUCGCCAUCAAGCGUUCGAAGCAGAAAUCGCCGCCAACAAGGAGCGUUUGAACAAUCUGCAAAAGGCCGGCCAAGAAUUGGCCAAGGAUAAACCAGAGUACGCCAGUGAAAUCCAACCAAAGAUACACGAGUUGGGUGACCAAUUCCAGGUCUUGGAGACGACAACGCACGAUAAGGGCGAGCGUCUGUUCGAUGCCAACCGCGAAGUACUCAUCCACCAGACCUGCGAUGAUAUCGACUCCUGGAUGAACGAGCUCGAGAAGCAGAUCGAAUCCGAUGAUACCGGAAACGAUCUCGCAUCGGUGAACAUCCUCAUGCAGAAGCAGCAGAUGAUCGAGACUCAAAUGACCGUCAAGGCUAAGCAGGUGGGUGAGUUGGAGACCCAAGCCAAGCAUUUGGAGAAGACGGUACCCGAUGAAAAAUUGGAGAGCAUCAAAUCGAAAAAGACUCACGUCGAGAUGAGGUUCGAGCUAUUGAAACAACCGCUCGUGGAGAGGCAACGCGCCCUGGAGAAGAAGAAAGAAGCAUUCCAGUUCAGGCGCGACGUCGAGGAUGAACUCUUGUGGAGUAGCGAGAAGAUGCCGCAAGCGUUGUCCGACGAAUACGGAACCAGUCUGUUCCACGUGAACAUGCUCAUCAAGAAGAACCAGAGUUUGCGCACGGAGAUCGACAACCACGAGCCGAGGAUCCACACCGUCUGCAACAAUGGACAGAAACUUGUUGACGAGGGUCACGAGAGCGCCGACGAAUUCAGCAAGUUGAUCACCGAACUGCUGACAGCUUGGCAGCAGUUGAAGGACGCCCUGGAGAAGAGGCGCGAAAACUUGGUUCGCAACGAACGUGCCCAACAGUACCUCUUCGAUGCAAGCGAAGCAGAGGCGUGGAUGAGCGAACAGGAACUGUACAUGAUGGUUGAAGACAGAGGCAAGGAUGAAACAUCCGCCAGGAAUCUGAUGAAGAAACACGAAGGUCUUGAGGUCGCCGUCGAACAAUACGCAGACACGAUAAGGGCUCUGGGAGAGACGGUGAGGACUUUGGCAGCGGAAGGACAUCCAUUGGCCGAGCAGGUGGCAGUGAAACAAUCGCAAUUGGAUAAAUUGUAUGCCGGACUCAAGGACUUGGCUGGUGAACGCAGGGCCAAGUUGGAUGAAGCGUUGCAACUCUUCCUGUUGAACAGAGAUGUCGGUGAUUUGGAGCAAUGGAUCGCCGACAGAGAAGUGGUGGCUUCCUCUCACGAACUUGGACAGGACUACGACCACGUCACGCUCCUGUGGGAGAGGUUCAAGGAGUUCGCGAAGGACACCGAAUCCGUUGGCAGGGAAAGAGUUGCGACAGCAAACGACGUCGCUGAUCACCUAAUCGCAACCGGCCACUCUGAUUCCGCCACCGUUGCCGAAUGGAAGGAUGGUUUGAACGAGGCCUGGCAAGAUUUGCUCGAGCUCAUCGAAACACGUACCCAGAUGUUGGCUGCUAGCAGAGAAUUGCACAAGUUCUUCCACGACUGCAAGGAUGUGUUAGGUCGCAUCGUGGAGAAACAUGUGGCGAUGAGCGACGAGCUCGGCAGGGACGCCGGAUCCGUGUCGGCACUCGUUAGGAAACACCAGAACUUCAUGCAGGAUCUGCAAACACUUCAGAGCCAAGUGCAACAGAUUCAGGAAGAGAGCAGGAAGUUGCAGUCCGCGUACGCCGGAGAUCGUGCCAGGGAAAUCACGAACCGCGAGGCGGAGGUGGUCAGUGCCUGGAUGAACCUUCAAGGCGCCUGCGAACAGCGAAAACUCAAGUUGGGAGACACCGGCGAUCUUUUCAGGUUCUUCAACUUGGUCCGCACACUCAUGCAAUGGAUGGACGAUGUCGUACGCCAAAUGAACACCGGCGAGAAACCGAGGGAUGUUAGCGGCGUGGAAACGCUGAUGACAAACCACCAGAGUCUCAAGGCGGAAGUGGACGCUCGCGAAGACAACUUCACGGGAUGCGUCUCGUUGGGCAAGGAAUUGCUCUCGAGGGGUCACUACGCUAGCACGGAAAUCAAAGAAAAAUUGCUUGCCCUUAGCAAUCAGAGAAACAGUCUGUUGCACAGAUGGGAAGAGAGAUGGGAGAACUUGCAAUUGAUCUUGGAAGUGUACCAGUUCGCUCGCGAUGCCGCCGUCGCUGAGGCCUGGCUCAUCGCCCAAGAACCUUACCUGAUGAGCACCGAAUUGGGUCACACCAUCGACGAUGUAGAGAACCUGAUCAAGAAACACGAAGCCUUCGAGAAGUCCGCCGCGGCACAGGAGGAGCGAUUCGGCGCACUCGAAAAACUAACGACCUUAGAGCAGAUUUCUUCCUCCAAAGGUGUUGGUAGAUUAGUUUGGAAAAAUUCUUCAUCCCCGGUGCAUGAAUAUGUUAACGAUUGCAAUGUAGACAUCACACAUAUACCGUUCCCCUCACAACCACAAACGUUACCAUCAAUCAAAACAAGCAAAAUCCCUAUUCACAAAGUAGUGAAAUCCAUCAUCCUAGAUGUGGAUCGCUUCUAUAAGCCGCACGUCUCCUACCGUCGUAUUUUCAACAUGAAAGGUUGCAAGAAGGUAAUCCCACUGAAGCACGCCAAGAAGCAGGCCAGUUUCCUCUAUCCCAAGCAGAAGAACAUCCCCAAAUUGCGUUUGAAGAGCGACACAGACGCGAACAUUAACAGUUCCAAUUCCUCUAGGACGAGUAAAUCUUUCCGUCGUAGCGUUUCGUGCAUGGGCCACAACGACUACGAAAACUUGAAGCACUCUGCAGAUUUGCGUACGAUUUGCUCGAAUUUCAUAAUCGUGGAAAAAUGGGCGUGCACUGUAGAAAUGGGCGGUGAUAGUUUGAACCUCUUCGACUGCCUCAUGUUUGAUAAUUCCUUCCUAUCAAAAUCCAACAACUUAUCCAUUAAUCGCAUGCACAAUUACGGUCAGUUCGAAUUGAAAGAAAUGAAACGCCGCCGCGAAGAGGCAGAGGCCGAGGAAUUGGCCAAACGUGAAGCCGAGGAGGAGGAGAAGAGGAAGGCGUUGGAGGCGGCGCAAGCUGCGGCCUCCCCAGAGGACAGACCCGACGCAUCCACACCAGUUGAGGAAAGGCCAGCUGCUGUAACUACACAAAGGGUUUCGCUGAAAACCGAACCCUCCGCUGGUGAAGGUUUAGUACAAACUGGGCGGUCUCCGGCAACAACAACUACCACAACACCACAGACACAACAGACAUCAUCUACUACAACUACACCGAGUAGGCCGACGCAAAAGGCCCAAACUAUGUCUCGCUCGACCGGGGUCGAAAAAGAACGUAGGAAGGACAGGUCACGUAGUAAGUCCCCGUUCCGUAGCUUCCGCUGGAAGAAGAGCCCCAAGGCUCAUUUGGGUCACCAUAGCGACGAUGAUGAAUCACAAUCAGAACGCAGUCCUUCGAGUGAGGAGAUCACCGCUGAGGGUAACCUGGUGAGGAAGCACCAAUGGGAGAGCACGACCGUCAAGGCAACCAACCGCUCCUGGGACAAGGUGUACUCCGUCCUCAAGGGCACCAACAUGCAUUUCUACAAGGAUUCCAAGACAGCCAAGAGCACGCCCGAUCAGACGUUCAAGGGAGAAGGACCGCUCUCGAUGAGAGGCGCCGAAGCAGCCGUCGCUUCCGACUACAAGAAGAAGAAGCACGUCUUCAGACUGCGAUUGGACAGCGGCGCGGAAUUCCUGUUCCAAGGACACGACGACGCCGAGAUGAACCAAUGGAUCGCCCGCAUCCAGGCCGUUCAGGACAGCGACUUGGCCGGUCCAUCACGCAGCCAAACGUUGCCAGCCUCCGCCCAGAAGGAGGACCCGAAGAGACGCAGCUUCUUCACACUUAAGAAGAAUUAAAUUUGUUAUUUAAAGAAAGAAAGAAA